CUCAAUGACCUUUGCAAACCUCAUAUUCGUAUGCUUACCUAUCUAACUAGGCACUGUAAACCAUACCUACCUUAGGUUCACAAUUCUGCUUGCCCCCUGCCAACCAUGUCCCCCAUCAACCCUCCCCCGCCCACAUCCUUCGCCCAACUCUCCUUCCCAGCGCCCGGCGUGGUCCUCGUCACAUAUAACCGUCCCGAAAAGCUCAACUGCACCCGUGCCGCCGACGUCGUCGAGUUGACCAGGAUCUUCCAGUGGAUCGACGAGGAACCUACGCUGUCCGUCGCCAUCAUCACCGGCGCCGGCGACAGAGCCUUCUCGACGGGCGCCGACCUGACCGAAUGGCAGUCCAAGAUCUCCGGCCCCGGUGCACAAGCCCAACCGGGCGCUGGACCAGGCGACGUCCCCGGCGCGAUCCCGCUCUCGAACAGAGUGGGCAAGAAACCCGUCAUCGCCGCCGUCAAUGGCCUCGCUCUGGGCGGCGGCUGCGAGACGAUAGUUAACUGUGACAUCGUCGUCGCAGCCGACACGGCCACUUUCGGCCUAGUCGAGGUCAAACGCGGCGUCGCACCCUACGCCGGCGUCCUCCCCCGACUCAUCCGCACAUUAGGUCUCCAACGCGCCUCCGAGCUCGCCCUGACCGGCACGACAUUCACCGCCACACAAGCCCACACCUGGGGCCUGGUCAACAAAGUCGUGCCCCGCCAAACGCUCCUGGACGAGGCCGUCCGCUACGCCACGCUCAUCGCUGAAAACAGUCCCGACAGCAUAAUCUGCACGCGCGCAGGCCUCCGGCAGGGCUGGGAGACGGCCAGCGUCGUCGAAGCCACCAGAAUCACAGGCCAGAAGGAAUGGGCGGACCUCCAGCGUGGUGAGAAUAUCGUAGAGGGUUUGCGCGCGUUCAAGGAGAGGCGUAAACCGAACUGGGUGCCGUCCAAGUUAUAACUCAAAUUCCGACAUGAUCACUGAAAAAUGAUACUUCCUCGUACUGGCCCACGACAUUCAUGAUACGGCGUCCUUAGCACGGUCUGGAUGCAUCAACAUUUGAACGCAUUGCUUCGUCCAGUACAUUAGCAUGACCAAACACAAAGAAUGUGAAUAGAAAGAAACAGAAAUCAAUAUCACCAUGAGCAUUGAGCAUUA